AUGGCGGAAGCAAAGAGUGGAAGACCUAGAGUCUACUUCGACAUCUCCAUCGGCGGUAGGAAACAAGGCCGGAUCGUCCUCGAGCUUUACAAUGACAUUGUACCGAAGACGGCCGAAAACUUCCGUGCCUUAUGCACAGGUGAAAAGGGAAUCGGGAAGCAGGGCAAGCCGCUGCAUUACAAAGGGUCGAUCUUCCACAGAGUGAUCAAGUCGUUCAUGAUCCAGGGCGGUGACUUUACGAGAGCCAACGGCACCGGAGGCGAGUCAAUCUACGGUGAAAAAUUCGACGACGAGAACUUCGAGCUGAAGCAUGACCGACCCUUUCUACUGUCCAUGGCCAACUCGGGUCCCGGCACCAACGGAUCACAGUUCUUCAUUACCACCGUCCCUACUCCACACCUCGAUGGCAAGCAUGUUGUUUUUGGCGAAGUCAUCAAUGGCAAGAACAUCGUCCGCACAAUCGAGAACUUACCGCUUCAGUCAGACAAGCCCGUGGGCGGUGACGUGGUAAUCGACGAUUGUGGCCAGCUCGAAGGUGACAGCUACAACUCAGCCACUCAGAAAGUAGCCGAUCCCACCGGCGAUCCAUACGAGGACUACCCGGAUGACCAGGGCGAAUCAUUGAAGGGUGAGGAGUACUACAAGAUUGCGCUGGAUCUCAAGGACUUCGGCAACAAGGCGUUCAAAGUCGGCGACGUCGAGACCGGCAUCGAGAAGUACCAGAAAGGCCUGAGGUACCUCAACGAAUACCCGGCAGCCAACGACAACGAUCCCAAAGACCUUCAGAGCAACCUAGACCACCUGCGAUUCACGCUGCACAGCAAUUCUGCACUUCUGGCCGUCAAAGCCAAGCGCUACGAGGAGGCCGAGAAGUGGGCUACUUUUGCCAUUGACGCUCCUCCCAAGGAUGCCAAGGACACGGACAAGGCCAAGGUAUACUUCCGCCGUGCACAGGCUCGGGUGGCUUUGAAGGAUCUGGAGGAGGCACUCAAGGACUUUGAGCAGGCGUCCAAAUUGGCGCCCGAGGACGCGGCGAUCAAGUCUGAACUAGCGAGGACCAAAAAGACACUGGCGGACAGCAUGAAGAAGGAAAAGGAAAGCUACAAGAAAUUCUUCACCAGCUGA